AUGGCCGGAUCCGACAACGUCGACGUGGUGGAGCAGGCCGUCAGCCUCUUCUACUCCACCUUCAAGCAGUACGCUAACCUCCCGCGCGGGGCUCUGACCAUCGCAGCCGCACCCGGACGCGUGAACCUCAUUGGUGAACACACAGACUACAACGACGGCUUCGUGUGUCCCUUGGCACUGGACAAGACGACGGUAGUGGUGGGCGUACGCGCACCCGCCGAGUCUGCAUCGAUUUCCAAACUGACGUCCGCGAGCUUUCCCGGUCAGGUGCUGGAGUUCCCGGCCAACAACACGGAGCAACUGGAUAAGACGCAACCGUCAUGGGGUAACUACCCCAAGGGCGUGACGGCCGUAUACCUCAAGCACUUAAACCGCAAGGAACCUUUGGGUGUACAUGCAGCCAUCGCAAGCACGGUGCCUCUAGGCAGCGGCGUGAGCAGCUCUGCGGCGCUGCAAGUAAGUUUUGCCACGUUUCUGGAAAGUUUGUUUGAGAUCGAUGGGGUGCCGGCCAUCCAGAAGGCGCUACUCUGUCAAACGGCGGAGCACGAGUAUUGCAAUGUGCCUUGUGGCAUCAUGGACCAGUUCAUCUCUUCGUGUGGCAAGAAGGACUGCGCACUAUUAAUCGAUUGUCGCGCCAAGGAGCCCACACUUGUGGCCUUCCAGGACCCGGACGUGGUUAUUGUGGUGUGCAACUCGAACGUUAAGCAUGAGCUGAACGGCGGCGAGUACAAGGAGCGCGUCAUGCAGUGCCAGGCGGCCGUCAAGACACUCCAGACUCACGGUCAUCCGCAGAUGACGCACCUACGUGACGCGACGAUGUCCGAACUGGACGCUGUUCGUGAGGCGCUGGGCGAUGAGGUGGUGUAUCGUCGUGCGCGCCAUGUGAUCACGGAAAACGAGCGUACCGUGGCCGCUGUGGAGCACAUCCGUGCGCGUCAGUACGCUGAGGCGGGCCAGCUCAUGUUCGAGAGCCACGAUUCUCUGCGUGAUGACUACAACGUGAGCACACCCGAGCUGGACUACCUGGUAGAGACGGCUCGCGGCUGUGAAGGCGUGUUUGGCGCGCGUAUGACGGGCGCUGGCUUCGGUGGCUGCAUUGUUGCACUCGUGCAGCAACAGCACGCACAGAAGCUUAUGGAAACGCUGGUUGCUGACUACCCAAAGGACAAGUUCGGCUCAAUGCGUCCCAACCCAACAAGCUUCCUCACGCGUACUGGUGACGGUGCCCACGUGAUACAAGCUGGUGUGUCUACCCACUAGCAACUCAUUCGCUUUAAAUUCACAUUGAGUCGGAUCGAUCAGAGAAUUGUAGUCUAUUGUGAAUGUCAUUGAGUAUCUCCACAAUGGUUGUUUUCCUCACUUCGAUCUCGUAUAACACUAAACGAAUUAUUCAAUACACUACUAC